AUGAUGAUCAAGUCUUCAUCGAUAGCCAAGAUUCUUCGUCAUUGUUCUGUCUUUCGAUCUAUUCAACGUUUUGAAAGUUCUACAACAACAUCAUUUCCUCCUGAGUCACCAGCAAGUCCUAUAACUCAACAACUUCCAUUGAUUGUUAGUCGACAAAUUGAAUAUCCUCAUAUACGUUAUCCGCCGCUACAAGCUUGGCUUGAAACAUUAGGACAAAAACGAGAUGAAAAACUAGGUCUUGUCGAUUUGCACCCAUCGAUUUGGCAAACAUCACCAAGAUUGGAUAUUCUCUAUGAAAAUGUUGAAUGGCAGAAAACUUACAAAAAAAUUGAUUGGGCAUAUACACCUCCACAUCAUGAAUAUCCAAAUAUGCGAACGAAACCAUGGCCACAAAAAGGAACUGGUCGAGCACGACAUAAAUCGCGUUUUGGUCCACAAUGGAAAGGUGGCUAUAAAGUCAAUGGACCCAAAGGUCCAACAUCAUUUUUCUAUGUUCUUCCAAAAGAAAAACGCGUCGAAGGUCUUUGUACAGCCUUAACUGUUAAACUUCAUCAAAAUGAUGUUCAUAUUGUCGAUUCGCUUGAUUUACCAACUCAUCAACCAACAUAUCUUCAAGAACUAGCAGAGGAUCGUUUUUGGGGCCCAUCAAUUCUCUUUGUUGAUGAUACGGAUAUUAUGCCACAUAAUAUUAUGUUUGCAACUGCUAAAACCGAAGGAUUUACGUUGAUGCCUGUUUAUGGUUUGAAUGUUCACAGUAUGAUAAAGCAUACAACAUUGGUAUUGACCAUACGAGCAUUGAAUAAAAUAGAAAAAAAGCUUCUACACGCAUUGCAUUCAUACGAUACACAAAAAGAUCAGCCUCCAGCACCGGAUGAACCUUAA